AUGCACUUCCCCUCUACCCUUUCGGUCCUGGCCACUGCCUUGUCUCUUGCUGUUGGUACUAGCGCCUGGGCCCAGUCUGGCGACGGAACUUGGGUUGCCAACAACGAAUAUCACUACCUAUACCGAACUGGCUGGACUGCCCAUGAGUCGUGCACAUGGAGGAACACCGAAGAUACCCGCGAGCAGGGUACAGCAUGUGCUUACUGGACCAAUGCCCAAGGAGGUAUCGCUAAUGGACAUUGUCAAUGGCAGGGCCCUCCUUACAACAGAAUCGACUGUUUUUAG